GUUAUUGGCAAUUCCCGGGGUGUCAAAUUUUUCUCAUUUACCCAAAUACCUCUAAACCACACCACUGCUGUUACUAGUUGCUACUAAUACCAUCAAUACGAGACACUKGUUAUCUUUAGGCGGAUUCUUGACUUCUUCAUUUGUGUCUGAGAUUCUUCCCCCGACCAAAACCACGACGCAAAUCCGAGGUUUGCACAGCCAGAGAAACAGCGCGAUGAAGCGGCGCCUGGCAGCGGCGGCGGCGACGGCGAGAACCAAGAAUAGCACCCACCACUCCGGCUGCCACCCCACGCGUCGGUUCGAGCUUCCGCAGAGCCGGUGGUUCCACGGCAGCUCGUGGUACGAUGCCGCGAACGGCCCGUUGGUGUCUUGCGCUUCCAAGCGUGCAGCGCCACCGCCGCGGAUCGAAGCCCCAAAAAAUCGCUACCGCGACCGCCGGUUUGUCACUGCAAAGGCAACCGAUGCGAGCGCGAGMCAGCCACGAAGGCAGAAGCGAAAGAAAAAAGCAUUGGUCUCGUCGCCAUCGACCAAGCGAAUCACGACGAAGGACCGAUUGAGGUUGUCCGCCCGGCCCUCGGUUGGAACAUCUUCCAAGCACGAAACAACCAUCGAUUCCUUCAUCGAUGCCAUCGACGCCAACCGCAUAGUGGUCAAAUCCCCGGAAGAAUUGGUCGACCGGUUGAAUUCGGGCCUCGACAUUGCUCGCGCCGCCGUACAAGAAACCUACACGUCGCUCCGAAAUCCUGCCGCCGCCUCCGCCGGAGGGAGUGACAGCAGCAGCAGCAGUGGCAGGAGCUUCCAUCGCAAUGGCAUGGUGAUGGACGCAAACUGGUGGUUCUGGAAUCUCGUGCUGGCAUCGAGCCCCGCCGUUCUCAUAGCUCUGUACUGCGAAUUGGUUKUGAAACCGAGGAUGAGGGAGGCGAACGAAGAACGGAAAAACGGGGCGACCGUAGUAACCCUAGGAGGAGGGGAAGGGGGGAUUGCCACCGGCGACGAGCAGGGCGACACGAGAAAAAUGUCAUCCAUGCGGCAACGGCAAGAAGAACAGAUGCGCGGUUUGCUGCAGGAACAAGAUGGCAGCAAAGAAUCCUCCUCUCCGACACCGAUUGGUAGCGCAAACAACAAUAGAAGCACUCUCGACGAGACGGUGUCCUUGGCGUCCUUGUACAAAYCCGUCCGAUCGCUWGUUUCCUUGUUUACGGCACCACAACUGACAUCGACACCGUCACCAGAACACGCCCAUGAUCACGGGGCAGGAAAGGGCGUCGGCGUGCAAAGUAGUACAAACGACGAGCUGAAAAUCUCUCCACCGACCCAACGACACGUGGUAGAUCGAGAACAACAGCAAACAGACAACCGGAAACCGCAGUUGGAGAAACAGCAGCGAGAAAUAAUCGAACUCCAAUCCCGAGUCUCGUUGCUCAAAAAACAAAUCGAGCAGCAGCAACAACACCGGGAGCAAACGCUCCGAGCGACCGAGGACCAUGCGCCGGCCGACCCAAACGACAAUGACAAACGUGUCAAAUCUCGAGACGAUCCUAUCCCCGUCCCUGCGAAAACGAAAAUCCCCGACGGCAAUUUCUUGGUAUCGCUCACGAAAACAACGGUAGCUGCUACGACGGCAGGGCUUGCCGCAGGAAGAAAUUUGUGGGGUUCGUUGCAGUCGUGGCGUCAGGGCCGCGAACGAGCCAGCCAUGACCCCAUGCAAAGAACGGUGGAUGCCAACAAGGAGGAAGAAAAAGCACCCACCGCAUCUGCCGACUAAGGAUCGGGAUGCCAUUGAACAUGCGUGCCGAUAGCUAGCAUGGACGGCUAUUAAUGAAUCAAGUCAGUAGAAUGAUUGCAAUUUUACCAGCGAUACCCAAGAUCCCCUACCCAUGGCAAUUCCCCACCAUUUACUGCCACAGAAAAAAUAUGAUUCUACCAUGCUCUUGCAUCAAAGUCUCGCAAUAUGCAGUACAGGAGUGUCAUAAUUUUUGGAUUGUGCGAAGUUCUUUCGUCCUUCCAUCCUUUGUUUUCCUCCGUUCUCUUUUUUUGGAGAUGAAGGGAGGAGUAAAUAAUAACAAUACUGACCGGAGACCCUCCCCUCUCCCGGGAUUGCUCCGAGAAUAACCGGUACCUUUUCAAUUCCUUCUUUUAACAUAAUGCUAGUAAAUAAAGCGCAUCGCGACAC